CUACCGCACUGAUAGUGAGCAGCGCACUAAUUGCUGACUGAAGAAUGGCUCAACCGAAUCCCCAAGUCCCUCAACACGUCUCAGCGCUACUAUCACAUCUCACAUCCCGACCGGGAGUUCAAUCGACUCUAAUAUUAUCUCGUAAGGACGGCUCAAUUAUUCAGAGUACCGGUCUCUUAGCCGCAACAUCGCCCUCAUCACUUAGGACGAGUAACAACACGACGACGAGCAAUACGGACAACAACAGCAACGGCAGUAGUAACAACAUAGAGAGUUCAUCGCCAACCAGGACUGGAACGAGUUCGUCGACUACAGAUCUUGCCUCGCCCACGCUCCCGCCUUCUUCGUCGUCGCUUCAGGACUCUACUGCGUCAGGAGGUCAGACUUCAACAACUUCAAUUCAGAACAAUAACCCGCAACAACAACAACAACAACAACAACAACAACAACAACAACCAUAUAAACCAAGUCCAGCGGAGACACUGGCUGCACACAUAUUCGCUUUUAUGACUAGUGCUUCCGGGUUAGCGUUGUCAUUAUCAGGUUCUGGAUCAACGACAGGAAAUGAUCUUGACUCAUCGCGGUCGAGGGGGGUUAUUACCAAUGGCACAAUAGAAAACGGUAUCCGUACACCAGACGAUACCGAUAGGACGCAUGAGCGCGAGGAAGACGACGAGAUUAAGCUUUUGAGGUUGCGCACGAAGAAGAAUGAGAUUGUUGUUGUUCCUGAUCGGAAGUAUUUGUUGUGUGUGGUACAUGACGCCUCUGGGGCUGGUGCAGCUUCUGGUGGUGGGACUUCAAGAUGAAAAAAAGUUGGGGUUUGCUUCUAUUCCAAAUAGGACGAGUCUAUUUAUUGAAUUGGUGAUUUCUUAAUUUUUGU